AUGGACACUGAACUUUUACUUAACGACCUCAACAUAGAUACUGCAUUUGUGAAUCAAGGCGUUCUUCAUUUCAAUGAUAAGACAACUGCUCUCAAUGGGGAUGCCUCUCUCAUAAACGAGGAUCAAAAUGCCGAACUGAAUAGAUGGAAAGACGAGAUCAUUAAUAUCGCCAUCAUCGGCCAAUCAAGACAAGGCAAAUCUUCGUUCAUAAACGCCCUCUGCGGAGAAAAUGUCGCUGCUGUCGGGGACCUUGCACCGACCACUAUGGAAAUUCAAAAAAUCGUAAAUAAAGAUUUCCCCAACUGUGUUUUCUGGGAUCUCCCCGGCAUUGAUGGGAUCAAGUUCAAGCGAGAAACAAACUUUGACGACAUUAAACUGCUGGAAAACAACUACGACGUGUAUAUCAUUGUGACCAAAGAGAUGCUCGGAGACGGGGAGCUCUUUUUUGCCAAAGAAUUGGUUACAAGAGGAAAGUUGUUCUACCUUGUGCGAACGCACGUAGACGAAAAAGUGGCAAAGUUAGUGAAGAAGCAGAAAGUUAGCGAGGACGAUGCCGUCACUGAAAUUCGGAAGCUCCUGAUGACGCAGCUUACGGACAGUGGCUUUGAUCAGGAGCUGCACAAGAUAUUCCUUGUGAACGUUGAAGAGCCCUCCGAAGCAAUGCAGUCUUUCGAUAUGGCUCUGUUCGUGGAAACAAUUUGCAGGCGUGGCUUUGCUUCUCAGACAAAAGCUUCUGCAUUUCAGUUUUCAAUCAAAAUCCGGGGGCCGCAGAUGGUACAGGAAAUGUACAGUCAGUUGAGGAAAAGAAUAAAACUUGUUGCAACGGCUUCAGCUGCUGGUGGAGCGCACCCUAUUCCAGGAUUUGGAGUGAUCAUUGAUCCGAAGUUAAUUUACGAUGAAAUAAAGCUCUACUUGCAAAAAUUCAAUCUCACCAAGAUAUCCGUUGCUGAAACAGAAAAGAAGGCUGGCAAGGAACGAGAGAGUAUUGAAAAGAUGGUAGCUGCACAGCUGUCUUCCGAAAAUGGACCAAUUUACUUUGUUAGGGAACAAAAUGACUGGUUCAUCAGCGAAGAGAACUCUUACACACAAGUCUUUUCACAUUUCCGAAAAUGCUUACAACUAUCAGAAUCAGCUGAAGUAAUGAUUACAGUGGCAUUGCCGAUUGUGGGACAUCUAGCUGCUCCAGGCUUGUCAUUUGUAACCACUCUGCUUCAACUGGAGAGUAUUCUGAGAAGUGGCUUUGGAGGUCCAGAAGUGGAUCGGAGAUAA